CUUCACACAUCCCUCCCCCCUUUUCGUGGCGCCUCCUGUUUAUCGUCCAGCUAAAAGAUGGCGUUAGCGGCUAGCUAAAACGAUUAUUCUUCGUUUGAUUGAAUUAAUUAUGUCGGUGGGAAUAAUUAGUCAUUGCAAAUACUUUAUUACUCUUGAGAUGGGACUUAAAAACAUAGAUUACAGCACUUGUGUUCGCACAAUAACGCACCGUGAUUGUUUGUUGGGCCUUCUCGCAUACAGAGGCCUGUUUUUUUAGGGAGUGGACAAGAGGUUUACAAACUUCAACUCCCAGCAGCAUUGCUAAGAAGUGAGGUCAAAGGGUAAUUUCUUCCACUUGUCAUGCCGUCCCCCUGUCAUCAUCCAUGUCAUCACUUUCUGUGAAGUGACUUGUUAGUGAGGAUAAGCAGAAGAGCAGGUGGGUUGGAGACAAUUAGUGGCAUCAUGGCGUCAAAGCCAGUGCCAGGGAUCCAGAAACGAGGGACAUGGGCAGGCAACCCCAGAGAAGUGUCCUCAGCCUCCCCAGAGACCUCUCUGACCUGGUGCCUGUCACAGCUCUCUAAACCUGGGAGAGCAGCAGCCGAGGACCACAAGCCAGGCACUGCAGGGCAGGACAUCAGUGGACACAGACAGCUGGACAAGAGGGUCAAAGCUGGGCAGUGGCGAGCACUGGUGGCCAUCCGCACACAGCACAUUAAAGGAGGAAGCAGUGGGAUAGCUCGAUUCCGAGGCCAGGGUGGACUGCGCACUCUCCUGGACCUGCUAAAGCACCCUGAGUGUUCCAGGAAGACUCUGGACCUGGCUCUCAGCAUCCUGGCUAACUGCUGCACUGAGAGACAGACACGAGUUGAGGUUAGGAAGCUUGAUGGAAUAUCUAUUGUGGUGGGUAUUUUGAAGAAGAAUGUAGCCAUGGAGACAAUCCAGAACAGAGCAGCCCGGGCCUUGGGGAACUUGGCCAUGGACCCAGAGAGUUCCACACUUGUCCACUCUGCCGGUGGUGUUCCACUCCUGCUCCUCUGCGUCUCUCUUGCAUCCGCCCCAUCCCCUCCCUCUGAUGACCCACUGGAAGCCCCUUCCUCUAAACUAGAGUGUGCUCAGUCGGCUGCCCGUGCCCUCCUCUACCUUGCAGACACCCCCUCAAACCGCCUUUUACUGCUCACCCAGGGUACUCUGACUGCUCUCGCCCCGCUCAUUGCUCCAGAGUACCCUCUGGGGCUGAGGAGAGCAGCACUCCGGACCCUCCAUGAGCUCACCAGGAGCUGUGGUGUAGAGUGUGCUAGAGAGGUGUCCCGAUCUGGGGUUCUAGCUCAGCUAGGUGUCAUGGCUUCGGGAGAGGCCGCUAAACCUUUUGAGGAGCUUGCGUUGAAAACCCUGGCCAACAUGUGCACUCAAGGCUGCUUACGUCCUCUGGUGGGUUCCCUGGGGGUAAUCCAGAAGUUUACGGAGGAGGUCAAGAAGGACGGCCUGAAGUCUGGAGUGUUCCUCAAGGCUCUCUGCUUAUGCUGCAAAGAGGCAGUGAACCGGGCCAAAGUGAAGGAGAGUGGCGGUCUGGAGGUGUUGAUUGGCUUCCUUGGUGUUCAUCGGAGCCACCCCCUCGACCGAUUGGUCAUUCUGGCUUGUGUUGACUUUGUCUAUGACGAAGCUGCCCUGGAACAGUUACAAGAAUUGGGAAUAGUCCCCCUGCUAGUUGCUCGGUUAGUGGAGCUGGCUAAAGGUGAGGAGCCAUCUGCUGGGAAGAUGGAUGUGAGCCUCACCUCUACCAUGUUUGCUUCAGAGCUGCUGUCUACGUCAUGUUUCGACUCAUUUGACUUCCCUCCCCCAGAGGGGAACAGGAAAGAGGAGAUGGGGAAGGAGCAUGUCCUUGGGUCAUCCAGCUUUCUUAGCCUGAGGUCCUGGUUGGUGUCUGAAGGUUUGAUCUCCUCUGAGGGGGAUCUUCUUGACUCUCCUGGAGGCACGGAGGGAGAUUGGGGGAGUCUUCAUAUCCCCUCUUCUUCUCCCCAAACAUCUUCCACUGACUGUCAUUCCCCUUUAAAAUGCUUAUCUCCUACCCGCUCACUACCUUCCUCCACUCCCUUAUCCGCACCCAAAUCUCAGAGUCAAUCCACCCCCUCUACCUCAACGAGUUCUCCAGCUCAGGUCCACAUGUCAUCUCCCUCAAAAACUGCUGAUCUGCCUCCCUGUGUCCCUCUGCCCUUCUCUACCUCCACCCCCCAAGCCCAGCUCAGCUUCUCUACCUCCACCCCCCAAGCCCAGCCCAGCUCCUCUACCUCCACCCCCCGAGCCCUGCCCAGCUCUUCUAUCUCCACCCCCCAAGCCCAGCCCAGCUCCUCUAUCUCCACCCCCCAAGCCCAGCCUGGCUCCUCUACCUCUUCUCUCCCUUCCCCCACUAUUCCACCCCUCACUUCCCUCUCCCCAUCCAAGUUCUCCUCCCCUCCACGGAAAAGGCCACGUGUCCCCUCAACCACCCGCUCCAGUGUGGUGUCCCUCGACACCCCUCCCACAGUGUUCCGACCCCAGGCUUACCACCACCCCUACCACCCUGAGCCUUGGGCUCCAGAGUCUCCCAUCCUGCUGCUGCUCUCACGCUUCUCUCACGCCACGGACCCCAGCGCUGCUCUGGUCAACUCAGGCAUCAUCUCUGGCCUACUGUUCUACCUCAGCCAGCAUCAGGACCCCAGCGGCAGGUGCUUCCGCAUGCUGUGCCGGCUGAGCUGCAACCCCAACUGUCUGCAGGCGCUGGUCAGGACUGGCUCAGUGGCUCUGAUCCGCCAUCACCUGGUCCAGAGAGGGAGUGACCCUGAGAGUUGGGGAGCUGGAGAGAGGCAGACUGAUAGGGUCAAGUCCAAAGUGAAACAGCUUGGUCUUGCUCUGCUUAGUAAUCUACGUGUUCAGUGUGAAUCUGGAUUUGGUUCUGGAGUCCUGAGCCAUGUGAUGCUGUCAGGCUCAGAGUCAGACAAACUGAACUGUGCUCUGUCUCUACCACUAGUAAAUGGUAACAAGGUUCUCUUGAAGAAACUUCUUCUAGACAACGGUGGUCUACUCUUGGCUCUGGAGCCCCUUGGAUGUAAUGAGGACGAGGAAGAGGAAGACCAUCACACCAGUGAAUGCCGACGACUCCUCUCAGAUUGUCUCAACUCACCGCAACAUGUCUCCGCCCCCCAGCUGCACUCUCUGUAUUUCUCCCUGCUGAUUGGAUGCCUCUCUAGUCUGAUGGGUUGCCCCAAAACAGUACUGGCUAAAAGAAGGUGCAGGGUACUCAGUCCUAUCAAACCCCUGUCAGUCUCACAAACCGGUGAAGCUUCACCCCCUCCCUUAAAAAAGCCUCGUCUGGUCAAUAUCUGUCCCUACAAUGACUCAACCUUUGACCUCCUCUUCCUGCUGGACGAUGGGAGCCAGGUGUCAGCCAAUAGGGAAGCAGUGGCUGGGGCGGAGGGAACUGAGGUGGUGGGGUCAGAGUACUUCAGGGCCCUGUUGAGGGGGGGCUUUGGAGAGGCACAAGGGAGAACCGGGGAGGCCAUCCCCAUCAGGGAUGUGAGCCAAGGCAUGCUGCUACCUGUACUGCACUAUCUGCAUGGCUGUCGCCUGAACAAGGAUGGAGAGACUGCAGAGGAACAGGGGGAUGAGACGGAGAGAGAAGGCAGAGGAGAGUGUCAGAUUUUGGGAUCCUUGGCCUCUGAGGGGCUGGGUGUCUGGAGAGACGGGGCAGAAGAACCCUCACCAGAGGCACAGGGCUUCCAGAAGACCCCCCUAGCUGAGACGAUGAUGGGGGCCUGUAGGUUUUUGGUGACAGAGUUGCAGAGGGAGGUGGAGGAUCUGUGUGUGUCUUUGCUGUCCUGCUCUGCCAAGAAUGCUGGUCGAAUUGCAGACGUUGCCAAAAAGCCUCCAUCUAACAUGGACCAAUAUGGGUCCGAGGGAGAGUCUGCUGACGAGAGCCUGGCAAACCGCACAUCUGGACUAGAGUUGAGUGGUUCUGAGGCCCAGACAGACUCCUUGGCCCCCACAGUGACAGCAGGCCAGGCUGAGUCACUACAUGGCUCUGGACUCCAACCCUGUCAGCAGACAGAGGGUAGACGGCACUCUGCCCCUGGACCAGGCCAGAAGGGCAUUAGUGCACCAAAGACAACCUCAGGACUGGAGACUUGUGUCAAUCCGCUGAAAUCAAGUUCUGCCUCAAAGUGCUGCAAAAGACGUUCUAAACUGCGGAGUGUUUCAAACACACAGAAGGUUGAGGAUUCUGUACAGGACUCUAAAGUUGGUCCUGGUAGAUGGGCCCUUCUACCACAGGUGUAUUGGUUUUCCCAACGGUACAGCUAUCCUGGACUGGGCAGGGCCUGCCUGUCCCUACUGCUGGGCUCUCAGGGCUUCUCCCAGCCCCGCCCUUCUUCCCUGGCUGCAGACUGCCUGCGCAGACUGGCCAGAGAGGCAGACUGUACAGAGACUCUGAAACGUGACCUAGUGAGUCUGGCCACCAUGGCCCUGAGCUGAGAGGGGGAGGGCUAGGAGGAAAGAGGGGUGUUGGGUGGGGAUGGAGAUGAGGAGAUACAGAGGAUCAAAUAGAUUAUUAGGGAUGGUAUGAGACCAUGUGAUUGUCUCUCCAAUGACACUGAAAUUAACGUUUGUCAUUGUGAAAAGUCUUCACAACAUGAUUAGCCUUCCUUCCUUGUGAAUAUCUGUCUUUGUCUCACAACAAAUAACCUUUUAUAUUCCAAUAUUGGUGUUUACAAAGUAAUUGAAGUUUGAAUGAUUUUCUUCAGAAUAUUACAUUUAUAUUUAAAUGCUGCCAUUUAAAGGGAUGGGUUCUCAGACAGUGAAUCAUGAGGAAAAUAAUUAUCUCAUGGUGCACUGUAAAUUAAGUUGUAUUAUAAUGAAAACAUUAGCAUAAUGUAAUAUGCUAAAUACUUUUGUUGCAUGUAAAUGUUAACUUUUUUUAUAUUUUCAGUUUGAUUUUGAAAUAUACACAGCUGUCCUGUAAAUGUCCUGUAUUGACUUGGAUGACUAAUAAUCAGGUGGGACUGGGUGCCAUGUUGUAUAUGCUGUAAAUAAAGUGAACUUUAGGAGUAGCUGCAAGGUGACGAUAACAGAGAUCAGCUUUCACUCGCCUCAUGUGAAUCCACGCUCCUCAAUAAAUCUGUUUAGAUGUCUU